ACAUGGAUUUUGAGUUUGACGAGUUACUUUCAGAAGACGAAGAAGAUUAUUUAGAUUUAUUGUUGAGUGGGGAACUUGUUGAGGAAAGAGACGAAAACGAUGAACAAUUUGAUCCAUCAAACCCCCAUCAAUUCAGUCAAUCCCAGUCUCCGAGCAGUUCCCAGACUCUGUCCCAGAGUACGGAUAGCUCUGCUAGUCAGGAUCCAGUGGCAGGACAUAUAUACUGGAGAGACCAGAAUGACAAUGAUGAUGGAGUUAGGGACCCCAGAUUGUCUAUGUUUAAACCACGUCUUCCUCCUGGCAUUCAGCUUGGCCUCUUAACCAGACAGGCAGUUCAGGCCUUUCAGAAGCCAGUUGAUUUUUUCCUACUGUUCCUGACCCAAGAGAUAGUGCUACAGAUUUGUAUUGCCACCAAUCACCAUGCAGAGGCUCUGCUAUCCAAGGGUCAGAAUCUUUCAUAUGCAAACAGCAUGGGUACCUGGACAAGGGUCACUGUUGAAGAGAUGUACAGGUUUGUGGGCAUUCUAAUCUACGUGUCUAUUGUGAAUUUCCAAACUUUAGAGAGAUAUUGGUCAACCUGUCCCCUGUACAAAAACAAUGUUGUUUCAUCUGUCAUGAGCAUCACAAGAUUUAAAGCCAUUUUGUCUUUUCUGCAAAUCAAUGCUGAUUCUGAUAAAGAUGAUAAGCUGACAAGAAUACGCCAUCUUUUGGAACAUGUGGAAUCCAUAUCGCAGUCCUUGUUUCAGCCAUACGAGUCUGUGUCUGUGGACGAAAGGAUGGUAGCAUCCAAGCAUCACUACUCAGGAAUCAGGCAGUUCAUCCGUGACAAACCUAUUCGUUUUGGUCUAAAGUUGUGGGUGCUUGCAGAUUCUAUCACCGGCUAUACCUAUGCAUUUUUUGUUUACCUUGGCAAGAAGAGAACAGAACUCAAAAACAAAACAAAGGGACUUGCAUACAAUGUGGUGAUGGAAUUGAGCAGGACACUUUUCAAUCAAGGAUAUAGAAUUUAUACUGAUUCUUUUUAUACCACCCAACAUUUAGCUACAGAUCUAUUACAGAAAAAGACAUAUCUGGUAGGUGCCGUGAAAAGAUCCAGUAGUGCUAUGCCCAGUUGCCUGAAAGAUAUUGAAUUGUUUGAAAAGGUGUCCACUCGAGGAGAUUUUCGAUGGCAUAGGGACGGUGAUUUUGUGUAUGUGCAGUGGAGAGACUGCAAAACUGUGACCAUUAUUUCUCCUAUUCAUAAAGGCUCUGCAACUGGAAACUGUCAGAGAACUGUAAACGAGCGGUCGGGCUAUAAGAGGAAGCAGCUGAUGCAACCAGUUGUUAUUAAGGACUACAACACCAAUAUGGGAGGUGUGGACAAGUCAAACCAGAUGUUAAAUAAGUAUCCAUGCUAUAUUAAGUCAAUCUUCCAUUGGUGGAAAGUUUUGUUUUUUCAUAGUAUAGACAUAAUGAUUGUGAAUUCCUACAUAAUUAUGAAGGAAUUCAUGAAGUGUGAGACAGAAAGUUCACUUCAUAGGGGUUCAGGUACCUUUGGCCACCUCGAGUACCGUGAGAGUCUUGCACUUUCUUUGAUGAACUUGGAUGGCGAUCAACUUCGUGUUCCUGCUAAUGUUUGUAAAGUUCAGUGCUUACCGAUGAUAUCAGUGAAUCGGAAAGACUGCAUAUACUGCAAUGGAGAGGCAUCUCUAAAAGAACAGAAACUGCCAAGUACCAAGACACAGUAUUUUUGCGCUAAGUGUGAGGUGCCUCUUUGUUUGCAGAAAGAGAGAAACUGUUUUCUCAAGUGGCAUUCUCCGGAGGGAAGAACAGUUCAGGAUUGGGCUAAAACUAAGGGAAGAAAAAGGAAACUUUGAGGUUUAAUUAAUCACUUUUGUUUAGAGUUUUUGACCUCUCCAUGUGUAUAUAUGUUUUUUUCAAAUUCCAUUUAAGGUCAUACGCAACGUAGUUUUAACUUUUUUGGAUUCUCCCUUGGAGUUAAAGAGUUCCACUAAAUGAAGGACCUGUGUGCAAUAUUUUUAAUGUCUAUAUAUAGAUUUGUUCUCCUCUUCUUAAACAAUUUUUGAUGGAAAAAAAUUCUGGAAUUCAUGUUUUUUAAUUUUUGUACAUUUUUAUUUGAAUAAUGCAAAAAUUUUCAAAAUUCGAUAUCUUUUCAAAACCCCUGGUAAUGCAUGCUGAUUUUUUGUCUAAGAACAUUUAAUGAUAUUAUAAGUUUAAAUUUAGAAUAUCUUGGAAAAUUAUCAGAAGGUAAGAUACGUUGUGUAUGUCCUUAAAAUAUACAAUUUGAGUGUUUUAUAAGAUGCAGCAAUUGGCCUCUCCAUGUGUCAAUAUUUAUGGAAUGAAGCUUAUUUCAACUUAUGUUAUCCGAUAUAACAUAAC